UGUAGGUAUUUGUAAUACUCGUGUGUGGUAGUAGAUGCACCUGGGUAAGUGGACAUACUCGUACAUAGACAUACCUAAGUACAGGUAUAGCUCGCAAAAACAGCAUUUCACUUUUCGCCGACGCGUCCAGCAAAUACAAGUACGCGUAUAAUCCACAGAUGCAGUAUAGUGCCAAGUGCUCGGUGUGUUCAGUGCUCAGCGCUUCAAUGGUCGCGCGCUCGCGCGCGCGUAUUGUGCUCUAAUUUGUCGCUUAAUUUUACUUUCAUUUCGUUUCCGUUCUCAUAUAAGUACUUCGGUGUGAAUUUGUGCGUAUGUGCGUAAUCGUAAACAAAUAAAAUCCAACUCUUCACAUUGCUGUACGCCACCGUCUCCACGUUGAGAAGUCCAUAAAGAUUUGUAAUGGAGAAAAAGCUGAAGCAUUUGAUUCUCGUGUUGUAUUUGCAACAUGAAAUGGACGAGCACAUACGCAGCACAUUCCUAUUUGUCGGAUGACAUAGCGCCCCCUUUGAAGUUGACUGAUUGUGUAACAGUGCCAGCUUUCGCCCCAACGCUAUCUACACCACAGCCCUUCGGAUAUUAUGCAGUUACAAGAAUAAAUCCACUUUUUGUCGAAGACAAAAGCAUCAGCAUCGAUGAUCGUAAUAACAGCUGUAGCACCAAUAAUAACCACAACAACCAUUCCAACACCGAUCGCAGCAAUAUACAUAAAACUGAAAUUAUAUGCAAUGAAACUGGCGGAAAUUACACAUACGGACCCAUCGCAAUCGGCAUCGAUAGAGACAACCACCACAUCGACAUCGAUAUCGACGACGACCACCCUGACACAGAUUCCAUCGACUACCACCCGCAUGAAUAUUCAUUACGUGACGACGCAUUCGCUGUACUGAAACAGAAUUACGAUUUCAUUCGUAGCGUUUUGGUAUCGGUUCGAGUCAAUAAACGCCAUUGUCAAAAUACCCAGCAGAACCAUAAUACAAGUAGAUCAGCCUUUCGGUCUUCGGGAUCCAAGAUCACAUCUUUGCCUCAAUUUGGAACCGGGAUAUCGGAUCGAAAUCCGGAUAGAAGGAGAACUACGUCUCGAGUAACGAAUUUGCAAUCAUUGCGUGAAAAUGAAUGUUGGUUUGCCUCAUCUCCUUCUCAUAGGUUAAAUAAAGUCGGUGAUGUUACUUUGAACAGAGACAGGAAUUUUUACCAUCGUCGCGAUGAACGUAAUUUUCGCUCACACCAUAUUGACGACGAAUUCCACCAGAAUGAUAGGGUAGCAAUACCUUAUGGAAACCAAAACCAUUCGCACGAUUUACCCUCUCGUCAUCAGGUUCCUCGUAACGUUACCAUCAGCAAUGGCGACCAAGAACCCGAAACCCACAUUUCACCAAUUGCAAACUCUCCUCUGGAAAUCGUACUGAGAUGUUUACGUGACAAAAUCGACGAAUGUUUACGAAACUCGGACUCUCCUACGACAUGGCCUUCGUCAUCGGAUGAUCCAGCUAUCACAACAUUGUACCGAGCUUAUCGCCUUAUCAGCGCUUAUCAUCGCAAAUGUCGUCAUAGCUCACGAGUCGAUCAAAACAACCCAACCAUAGACGAGGAUCUGCUAGAGAAAUGUCAAGUGGAUCUUCUACAAUGCUUGGGAAGAGUCUCUUACUACGCUGAUCAAUGCGAAUGUUCUUCGUACUCUUCUUCAUCUGUAUCUGCAGCCAGCACCAGUGGAUUCUCUGAUUUAACACCGACUCCACCUUUUAGCGAUGCUUCCACUUCUGCUUCUGAUUCACCGACUCCUGUUCCAGCUUCGGCUUUAGUGUCCUUGAAUCAGGCUAAAUUCAACUAUACUCGGAUUGUUGGGUUCACCAAUAAACGUCCGAGUAAUCGAUUCAAAAUUAAAAAUGGCGUUUGCUCGGGUGCUCCUCAACAAAGACAUGUGACAUUUGGUCCUUUUCGAGGAACAUCUUCGGGUAAAGAGUGCCUCGAUCGUUUUCAACAUCGUUUUGAGCAAUGCCGAAGAAUUGACAAUGUUCAAACGGAUGAUAAAUCUCUGCAGAAGCCUGCAUCGCAAUUGCGAUCAUCUAGUUACCCCGGUCAUCGAUGCCCAGAUUUCACCCUAGACGUCCAACAAGCGGAAAAAGUUGUCGAAAAAAUAAAAAAUAGAAAAAAGGAAAGAUGUUGGUGCCAAGUUAUUACUUGCUGCGUUGGGUUCGCUUUCCUCGUAUUUUCAGUGAUGUCAUUCAGCAUGGUGUUGAGUAGAGGCGAAAAGCUAUUCGGACCUUUAUGAUUUAUAGAUAUUUGUAUUUUGUACUCGUAAUAGUAUAAUUGAAAUACCGGUAAAUAAACUCUCAAUAAUACUUAAGAGUACUACAUGGUACAUCUACGUUCUGUAAGUAGCAGUGGUGAGGUUGGCACUUAUGUACCUAGCUACCUACCUACCUGCUUACUUAAUAAUGAAACGAAAACAUUUAAUAUGUAAAUAUUUAUGUACAGGAAAGUUCUCUACGUAUAUACAAUGUAAGUAGGCUCUACGUAGAUAUAUAGGUAAGGUAUACGUAGGUUAUAAGAAUGUAUAAUUCGCAUGUGCUUAUUUCGUUCUGUUUCUGUUUAUGUGUAAUUUUGUACAUUGUAUGUACAUAUUCGUGUAGAUGUACGCGCUUCUAUGCGCAAUUAUUUGGCUAGUCGUUGAAUAGUGAUUAAGCAUAUUUUUUAAUUACCUACUAACGGAAUAUGAAUAUAUUAUAAGUAAAUUCAUUCUCUCGGA